UUUACAAUUGAUUAUUUAAAAUUGAUACGUAGAGAGAUUUCCAGAGAUUUCAACGAAUGAUUAAUACUAAUACUACUUAUAACCUCCUGCUGAGAUUGUCUCCAUCAUUGUGCAAAAUGGUUGACGCGAAGUAGAUAAACAAAAAAAAUUGUAAAGAGUGAUAACGCAAAGUAACACGUGCAAAUGAUCGAAAACGUUAAUACAUACGCACAUAGCAUGCACGUAUGCAUGCACAUAUACAUACACACCGGAUGGAGGAGCAUCAAUUAAUCUUCGAUGUGUACAGUGGACUCGUUAUUAUGGUGAAGAAAUAUCUUAAUGGUGUAUUACCCUACUGUUGUUCUUUAAUUAACCUCGCGAAAUGAUAACAAGAGACGCAGAAUCAGUGAAAAACGAAUCAUUCUUUUAUAGAUAAUAACAAGGAAAAAGGCAAACUCGUGAAAAUGAUAAUAAUACUAGGAAAGAUUUAUGAGUGUAUCGAGUGUAGGGAGACCAAAUAUAUAUUGGGAAAGAAGAGAUUUACAUUUAGUAAUUUUCCUAGGCAGUGAAGAUAGAGACAAAAUAGAGACUUUCAAUCCAGACAUCAAAACAGGAAUAGUUUUUGUCAUACAACGGAUAUAAGAAGCACAUAACCUUUAAUUGAAAGAAAGCGUACGCAUGCGAGGGAGUUCCUUGGAAUUUUGUAUCAAUCACACAAACUAUGACGGCGGUUUGGGAGCGAAUGCGAAAUCCAUGUGGAUGGAAAGGAGGUGCUAAACAAAUAUCCGUUGAUGCUAUGAUACCGCUUUUUGCGGUACCUCUUUUGGCAAUAAUCGCCGCCCAAUCAAUUCUUUGUACCAUCAUAAUAUUUCUUGCUACACCAAUUCUGGUUUAUUAUUUGCAUCAUAAUUUCUUAAGGUUUCUCUUAAGAACAAAAUUUUUUCUCAUGUGGACGAUCACGAGCGUGUUGAUGCUAAUGAUAGUUUUUGAAGUCAGUGUUGUGCCAUUACUUGAGAUUUUACCAGGGGAGAAUUUAUUUUUCAUAAUAUGCGUUGCCGGAGGCAUAUGUUGCGGCUCUAAGACAAGACUGAAUGCGGAUCGUAUUGCUCAGGAAAGUGCUACAGAGCAAGGUUUAGAGCUUGGAGAAGGAAGCGGAGAGUUAUGUGUAACUUGUAGAAGAAGAGCACCACCUAAAGCUUAUCACUGCCGAAUGUGUCAAACAUGUAUACUUAAUAGAGAGUAUCAUUGUAAAUGGUUGGACUGUUGCAUUGGUUCUAGUAACUUACGAUGGUAUUUAGGAUGCUUACUAUUUUCAGCAAUAGCUUUUAUUUAUGGCUCUAAUCUGACUAUGACAAGCGUUUGCCAUCCUUUUAUUUUAAUUGGUACAGUGCUCUUACCGGAUGACUGCAGUGAUGUUUAUCAUCAAUUAGACAUUGCUCUCUGCUUCAUCUCAGCAGUCUACAGUUUACUUGUUGGCCUAGUAGUAUUUUGUUAUUUAAUUCAUCAUCUAUGGCUAAUUUAUCUUGGAACAACAUCGAACGAACGUCGUUUACGAACACCUAGAAAUCAAUAUGAUCAUGGAAUUUUAAAAAAUGUAUCACGGUUAUUUUGUUGCAAAACUUAGAUACGAAUAAUAGGUAGUCUAGGAUAUUGUAUUUACUUUGUACAGAAUAUAUUUUAUUUGUUGUCAAGAGAAUAAAAUGAUCAUAUAAAACUAUGA